AAAACGUCCCAGCGUGCGCUCUGAUUGGCUGCGGCGGCAGAAUUCCUAACGGACGUUUUUCCCGACGUCACAUAUAAACGUCGGUCCGAGUCCUGCCGAACAUGUUCGUGUAGCUGCUGCUCGGCUCGGGUCCUCCACACACACACAGAAAAGAAGGAGAGGACAUGUCUCUGUCAGUCUUCUUCGCCCUGCUCGGCCUCGGUCUCGCGUUUCCCUCCCAGCCUCCAGCUGAUGGGAAGAACUGGGUGGUGAUCGUGGCCGGGUCCAAUGGCUGGUACAACUACAGGCACCAGGCCGACGCUUGCCAUGCCUACCAGAUCGUCCACAAAAACGGCAUCCCGGACGAGCAGAUCGUGGUCAUGAUGUACGAUGACUUGGCACAGAACGAGGCAAACCCAACGCCGGGGAUAGUGAUCAACAGGCCCAACGGCACCGACGUGUACAAGGGAGUUCCUAAAGACUACACCGGGGAUGACGUGACCCCACAGAACUUCCUGGCGGUGCUGAAGGGCGACUCGUCAAACAUCAAAGGCGGCUCUGGGAAAGUGUUGAAGAGCGGGCCCAACGAUCAUGUGUUUGUGUAUUUCACUGAUCACGGAGCGCCCGGUAUUCUGGCCUUUCCUAAUGAUGAUCUCAGCGUUCAAGACCUCCAAGACACCAUCAAAUACAUGCACGACAACAAGAAAUACAAAAAGAUGGUGUUUUACAUCGAGGCAUGUGAGUCCGGAUCAAUGAUGACCGACCUGCCCGCUGACAUUGACGUGUAUGCCACCACGGCAGCUAACGCUCACGAGUCCUCCUACGCCUGCUACUAUGACGAGAAGAGGGACACGUACCUGGGAGACUGGUACAGCGUGAACUGGAUGGAGGACUCUGACGUGGAGGACCUGAGAAAAGAAACUUUGCUGAAGCAGUUCAAGAUCGUGAAGAGCCACACAAACACCAGCCACGUCCAGCAGUUUGGAAACAAGACGUUGGCCCACAUGAAGGUGAUGGCGUUCCAGGGUAACUCCAAGGCGAACUUCGAACCUGCUCCUCCGAUGACCCUGCAGCCAAUCGCAAAUCUGGAUCUGACCCCAAGCCCAGAUGUUCCUCUGGCCAUCCUCAAGAGGAAGAUGAUGGCCUCCAAUGACAUCAGAGUUGCAAGAGGGAUGCUGAUGGAGAUCAACGCACACUUGAAGGUCAGGGAGAUGCUGGCUGACACUAUGCGCCAAGUGGUCGAGAGGGUGACCGGCAAUAAGUUCAAGGCCGACGAGAUCCUCAACGACAGAGCCGAGCUGUCCCAGCACAAGUGCUACCAGGCUGCAGUCAAGCACUACAAACACAACUGCUUCAACUGGCACAAACCCGAGUACGAAUACGCCCUGAGACAUCUGUACGCUCUGGUGAACCUGUGUGAGAGAGGGUACUCUGCUGGAAGCAUCCAGCUCUCCAUGGACUCAGUGUGUCAUUUCAGCCAGUAACAGAGUUCCUGCAGGUCCCUGAACGCCUCGCAUCAGACUGUCCCCCUCCCGGCGUGGACGAGGACAGAGCCUCUCUUUGCACUGCUUUGGAAUCAAUCUGACGUGGAGUUAACAUUGUUUUAUCAACACACUAACACUUUGUUGUUUUUUGAUUUUACUGAGAAUUUUUAAACGUUUUUUAUGAUGAGUUGCACUAUUGCUGUGAAGAAUUUGUGGGUGAUAUUUUACGGCUGUUGAUUGUUUUUAGGUUGAUGUGAUGAGACAAAUGUAAAGACAUGGAAUUCAUGUUUUCCCAUUCGUGGUAUGGACGAUCCUGCAUGAUGAAUGUUUGACAUGUAAAGGUCAUACCGGUAAACCUCAGAAGACCUUGAUGUCAUACGCUGAUCUCGAAAUAAAUCUUAAAGAUUCAAACCAA